AUGUGUCAGAGAGGUAAGGAGGAACCGACCACCUAUACCUGCACUACGUGUAAGCAUUCGUACGGAAGCGCCUGGUUCCUGCUGCAGCAUGCCCAGAACUCCCACGGCUUCCGCAUCUACCUGGAAAGUGAACACGGUAGCCCUCUCAUCCCACGCAUGGGCGGGCCAUCCUCCCUGGGCGGGGGCGCGGACUGCUCUUCUCAGCCUCCUCUCCACGGCCUCCAUCUGCCUCUUGAUGCAAGCCCGUUCAACCUCCUCCGCAUGCCUGGCUCGGGCUCAGGUGGAAGGGACAGCAUCGGAUUAGGGGGUGGACUCGGAGCCCUCGGCGCUGCCGGUGGGGGCCAUCAUCAGCGUUUCCCUCCCACCCCACCCCUCUUCAGCCCCCCUCCAAGGAACCACAUGGACCCCCACCACCUGAGCCCAGAGGACCUGGCGCUGGCAGCCCACCAUCCGAGUGCCUUUGACAGGGUGCUGCGCCUCAAUCCCCCUCUGCCCCUGGACCCCCCUCCGACAAUGGACUUCUCGCGGAGGCUACGUGAGCUGGCAGGCAACAAUUCAGGGUCCACUCCACCGCUAUCCCCCAGCCGCCCCAGCCCCAUGCAACGCUUGCUCCAGCCAUUCCAGACAGGAGGGGGAAACGGAAGUGGAGGAGGUACAGGGGGCAGCAAACCUCCAUAUAUUGCCACCCCACCCCCUCUUCCAGGCACCAUGCAGUCACCCGUGGGUUCCCAGACCACUCCUACUACCCCUCUACCCUCAGCAGGUGUGACACCCUCCUCUACCACCCCCUUAAAAUCGAAGUGUUGUGAGUUUUGUGGCAAGGCCUUCAAAUUUCAGAGUAAUCUAAUAGUGCACCGUCGCAGCCACACCGGAGAGAAGCCGUACAAAUGCCACCUGUGCGAUCACGCUUGUACACAGGCCAGCAAACUCAAACGCCACAUGAAGACACAUAUGCACAAAUCUUCCUCGCCAAACACAGGCAAGUCAGAAGACGGUCUGUCUACAGCCUCCUCCCCGGAGCCUGGCACCAGCAAUCAUUUGGGCAGUGCAAGCAAUGCCCUUAAGUCGGUUGUGGCCAAGCUGAAAAGCGAGAACAACCGCAGGCGACGUGAAAAUGGGGAGGAGGAGGAGGAAGAAGAGGAGGAAGAAGAAGAGGAAGAGGAGGAAGAGGAAGAGGAGGAGGAGGAAGAAGAGGAAGUAGAGGAGGAAAAAGAGCCGAAAGAAGAGAGGGCGGUCAGGAGAAACAACAACAGCUUUCCCUUUGCUCUGAACCUUGAAACGCCAAGACAGCAUGAAAACAAUGGUGGUAUAGGAAGCCGACUUGGAGGAGUUCCUGAUGAGGGGCUGAUCCCCCGAUCACUGCCUGAGGUGAUGCAGGGGAUGGGCCUGGCCGCUAGCAUGCAUCACUUCAGCGAAGCCCUCAGUGCACAUAAAAGAAAUACCGUGGCCCAGGAGAACCACCUGCACCACCACCUAAACCAAGACCAUCACCACAAUCGGGCGAUGUGUGAUGGGGACUCGGUAUUAGAGAACGAUCGUGGGGAGGAGGGUUCUGUCUCAACAGUGAACGGGCGGGGAGCAUCCCCUAAUGAAUCUGCCUCUGUCGGCCUCUCUAAAAAACUUCUUCUGGGCAGCCCCAGUCCACUAAGUCCUUUUACCAAACGCAUCAAGCUUGAAAAAGAAUUUGACCUGCCCACUCCCACAAUCCCAAACACUGAGAACGUCUACUCCCAGUGGUUGGCUGGCUACGCCGCCUCGCGUCAACUCAAGGACCCUUUCCUGAACUUUGGAGAUUCCAGACAAUCGCCCUUCGCCUCUUCGUCUGAGCAUUCUUCGGAGAAUGGCAGUUUGCGUUUCUCAACCCCUCCGGGGGAACUGGACGGUGUGUCAGGCCGCAGUGGUACAUGUAGUGGGGGCAGCACACCACACCUUGGACGGCCCAACUCCAAGGACGGCCGCAGGAGUGAUACUUGCGAGUAUUGUGGCAAGGUGUUCAAGAACUGCAGUAACCUGACAGUGCACCGGCGCAGCCACACAGGGGAGAGACCGUACAAGUGUGAAAUGUGCAACUAUGCUUGUGCCCAGAGCUCCAAACUUACUCGCCACAUGAAGACCCACGGUCAGGUGGGCAAAGACGUGUACAAGUGUGAAAUUUGUAAGAUGCCCUUCAGUGUCUACAGCACUUUGGAGAAACACAUGAAAAAAUGGCACAGUGACCGCCCUUGUAGUACCGAAAUAAAGUCAGAGUAGAAGGCCGAACUAUGGAACCUUUUCCCCGCAGCAAUGUCCGCCAUUAGUCCCCUGUUUAUUCCCAGACCCUUGUAGAUUUACCCAAUCCCUAACACUCCACUUUCACCAGUCUGGUGGAAGAUUAAGACCAUGUGCUCUGCACCAGCACACCCCGUUUCCAUUACCCAUUGAAUGCAUGAUCUGUAUCGGGGCAAUACUCUUGCAUUGACGCAAAACUUCGAGCCUUUCUCUUGUGCAAUAAUUUACAUGUUGUGUACUAUUUUCUUUUUUGAGUUUUCCUUCUCCAUUUUUAAGAAUUAGUCGGCAUGCAUAGUAUGUUUUUGCUAAUCAAAAAAAGAAAAUAACUUGUCCCUGGUUGGUUAGUUGUUAAGUAAAUGUGUUGCUGUUUUUCUCUUGUUCUGUUUUUUUCUUUUUAUUCUUCAAAAAGAGAAAAGACAAGAAAGAUACAUCCAUGCUGCAUACAUUCUGUGACACAUAUCAUGUACAGUUUUGUUUCGUAACAUGGAAAGAAAACAGUCUGUGACUUGACCCUACUCUUACAACCCUGGAAAUGCACUCAUCCUGAUCUUUCUAAAAGACGGAAUGUUCACACAGGGUUAAAAAAUAAGAAAAAUCAUACAUUGGCUGGAUGACUAAACUGAGAGUAACGAUAGCCUUCAAAUUUCUUUCAAAAAGACAAAGGGUGCGCUAACAAUUCAAUUUGUACUAUCAUUUAAUAGAGUAAGAAAGAGUGCCUUUGAUAUCUCAACACUGCAUUGGCCAUAAUCUUAUCUGGUAUAAGUUUAGGGUCACGUUAGAUCAAGCUAAAAGGUUUAAGCCACCCAGGAUAGGUUCUUGCAUCAAGCACCUGACUGCUGAAAUGGACUGUGACGACUCAUCUGAGAGUUCUCGUUAAUCAUCAUUUAGCUACCUAUUACAUGUUCAAUAGGUUAUCUUUAAUAUGUGGAUUUCAUUGCAAGCAUGGUACAAGCAGUAUUAUGUAUAUCUGAAUUGUUUGUUGUUUUGUUCCGGUGAGGAGGUACUUUUGAGAUAAAGGUAAUCUGUAACGUACAAUCCUGAAUUUGAGGGAUACGGCGCAUGGCUGAGAAACGUUGAGUAUCCGCAUUAGCACAAACCUCCAAGACGCUGUUUUUGCUAUGUCAGUGUGAGGAACAAUGCAUAAAGUAAUAUAUGAGCUCCAAGACAGGCUAACUUUAUUCCAGAGCAUUGAAAUAACUACAAGCUAGACAGACAGAAAGCUACACAGAACUGCAAAAUUCCUUACAUUCUAUUAUCAAAACAGGGUCAUUAGCUAAGAAUCGCAGAAAAAAGAACGAAAGAAUUGCAAAAAAUAUCUGUACUCCAGGGCUCUUGAAAAGAGUGAAUGCGAUCAUUUUAAUCAGUAUGCAGAGGCUAAUGCAGGGCACUAUUUUUGUUUGCUGUUGCUUUUCAACCCGAAAGGAGAUUUUGUUAUACCCUUGUUGAGUUUCACACAAGCUUCUCAUAGUAUGGCACUUGCUACUCUGCCUGACAUGCGUUUUCUAACACUGAUGCAAUGUUGGUACAUGGGUUGAGUCUAAAAAAGCUAGAUUUUCAUUUGUAGGACAUGAAAUGCACUAUUUCAAUUUCCCAGUUUACAAGUUUAUGCUAAAGGGGAAAUCUUUGUUGAUAUGCUGUCAGAUGACGAGGGUCCCAUUGUUAAACGCAGUAAUCUAUGAGAUGCAUAAUCUAUUGCCAGCAACUCCGCCCUCAUGAACCUUGACUUCUGUACCCUUGCCGUUUCACCUUUGACCAUUCGUCAAUUUGUUUCCACUUGAAACACCAGUGCUUUGCCUGGGCUGAAGAUGUACCCUGCCUGCAAGGUCUGUAAAUUAAAAGGUUUGUUACACAAAUAACCAGGGCUCUUACAUGAUCGGCUCUGAUUAAAAAAAUGCUAAGGUGUUGUAACUUUGUAGUCAACCACACCUGUAUAAUCUGUAGACCUUGCCGACUAGACACUCACAUCUUGUUGCUGACACUGCAAGAAUCCGUUUUUGUACAAAUCUUCCUUUAAUUAUAGGUAUAAAAAAUAAACGUUUUUGCAAAUUACACUUCACUAUCUUUUAGGGGGAAACUGUAUUUAAGUUUUUUUGUCGUAUCUCUUUUCCUCAGCGUCUUGGUGGUGUUCAAGACUCCGAUCACAGUAUAUAUGAAAUGAUAAAAAAAAGGAGAAAAAAAAAACAAACAAAAAAAAAUCCUGUGAUGGUUUUUGUAUUUUAUUUUGCCUUGGCUCUUCACAGCUCUUCAGGUUGAAAUACAAUCUGCAUUGGGGAAAGGAUUAAGAUUAUAUAUGAAUAUAUAAUAAAGAACUUAAAAUAUAGGAAAAUGCACACUCAUGUCGAUUCCUAUGCUUAAACACAUUUAUGGUCUACUUUUUCUGUAUUUCUAGAAUUGUAUUUGAAUUCAAUGUUCACUUAGAGUAGGCACUAUAGUAUUUAUAUUGAGGCUCGUAUUUUUAACUGUUGCUUGUUCUCUCUAAAAGGUAUUUACCAUACCUUUUUUGGUAGUGGAAAAAAAAUCCCAAGCUGCCACGGUAUAUUUUUUUAAUUUGGCAGGAUAAUAUAGUGCGAAUUAUUUGUAUGUUUAAAGAAAUAAAAGGAAAAAAACCCAUAAAAAGCAGCUAAAGUAUGUGGCAUUGGGAGGCAUCACAGGCCAUCAGAUGGCCGCCGCUCUGUUUCCUUUCCACAGAGGUGGUUGUACAUAUCUUCUUUGGGUUUUGUUUGGGACUUCCUUCCCCCCCCCCCCCCGCCAUUCUUGUAUGCAGUAAUACAAGCUGACGUCGGCCUGUUCUGUUGUGUGCUUCUGUCUCUCUCACCCCCUCCCACCUGGCUACAUUCCAACAUCAAGAGAGGGAAAAAAAAAGUUUAAAAACACUUCAUAUGCAGUACAUGGAUUACGAAAAAAUCGUCAAAAUAAAUACAUUUAAAAAGAAAUUAAAUGUUUUGCAGUUUUUUUUCAUUGCCAAAUACUAAAUGGUGCUUUAUAUUUAGAUUGGGUAUAAUUUCAUAUGCAAAGCAUAUUUGAAAAAUGACCUGGGGGGCGUGGAGAAGCCUGCUUGAGUUGAGACUUUUUUGUAAAUGGCAAUGCGGAAUAUUUUGGUAUCAGCCUUUUCUAUUCCUAUUCUGAGAGCUGUUUGUUGUAACUUGAACUUGAACUUUAUCUUUUACUACGGGAGUUACUAUUUAUUAUUAUUAUUUAUUUUAUGCUCUGUUCAAAACAGAGACAUGGAAUGGAUGAUUAUUUUUGGUUUAUUUUUAUUUGAUAUUUGAUUAUAAUAUAAUUUGUUUUCUUUUUGUAAUGGUGGCCCAUGGUCAUUGGACAAACCUAGCUCUUACAUUUCUGUUGUACAUUUUUGGGGUCUCUGUUCAGUUGUAUUGGGAAAACCAUUGUCUGUGUUUUCUGGCAGAUGUCUGCAUUAUCCUGUUCACACGCCCAUUUUGUCCCUUUAUCGAAAAACAAUUAAUAAAAAAAAUGAAAGUAAAAUGGCA